AUGCUUUUACUCGGUGCCACAAUUCUCCUGCUCGGCCAGGCGGCCGCCUCACCCAUGGAAGUCACCGCCCGUCAGGCCAACUGUCCCCCGAUCCACGUCUUCGGCGCUCGUGAGACUACCGUUUCGCCAGGUUUCGGCUCUGCUGGCACCGUCGUCAACUCCAUUAUCCAAGCCAACCCCGGCACAACUUCCGAGGCCAUCGUGUAUCCGGCAUGUGGCGGCCAGGCCAGCUGCGGCGGCGUCCAGUAUGCCGACUCCGCCCGCCAGGGCACUGCUGCCGUGGCCACUGCUGUGAAUGCCUUCAACCAGCGAUGCCCAGACUCGCAAAUCAUCCUCGUUGGCUACUCUCAGGGUGGCCAGAUCAUGGACAAUGCAUACUGCGGCGGCGGCGACACGAGCGCCGGUAUCACCGACACAAGCAUUCCCAUCUCUGCAUCAGCACAGCAGAUGAUCCGCGCCGCUAUCAUGAUGGGCAGCCCUCGCUUCGUCGCUGGCCAGUCUCAGAAUGUUGGCGACUGUCUCGCCCAAGGCUUCGCGGCCCGUCCGGCCAGCUUCCAGUGCCCCUUUGCGGCGAAUAUCCAGUCGUACUGUGAUGCACCUGACCCAUUCUGCUGUAACGGCAACGACGCCGUGCGCCACCAGCAGUAUGGUUCUAUCUUUGGCGCAGAGGCUUUGACAUUUGUUAAUAGCAAGUUGGCUUGA